AGCUUCAUUCCCAGUUCGGAGCUCAAUGCGAUCAGAUCGCGAAAAAAAAAUUUAAAGUGGAUAGAAAAGUUUACCUUUGGUGUAAAACAAAAAUCAAGACCCUUUAUCAAGAAUCAAAAUUCUGGUGUACACGGUAGAAAUAAUUUCAAUUGAAGGCAAGAAGCGUAGGUCUGCGUAGGAUCAUCAAGGAUAUCAAGGAUUUACACCGCGACUGAAGCAGGAGGAUUUGAAGGCCAUCGGUGCGAGAAAAUCGAUAUACCUGAUCUGCAAGCAAACACCAGCGCCAAUCAAAGAUGUGCGACCCGUGUUGCUCCCCGUGCGAUCCCUGUUAUCCCUGCUAUCCUUGCGUUCCCGCUAGAGGUUGCAAGAGUCGUGAGCUACGAGGAGGGCUACUCAUUGCUAACUGUGAAUGUCUGAAACGAAAUGGUCUUCAACAUGAUUGCCCUCGUUCCGAGUGUCAGGGAAAACCAUGCUGUCUCACCAAACCGGAAGCCACCUGCUGUCCAUCGACGUACGCCCGCCGGUUCCGCAAUGUCACUAUGGGUAAUAAAACUAAUCCAGUCUGUCCAAAACGGUGUCGUGUAACAACCGUAGGAAGUGGCUGCAAUCCUUGUGGAGUGGAUUGCUAUUCGUGUGGACCAUGUGGACCGUGUGCUCCAUGUGGACCUUGUGGCCCGUGCGGCCCUUGUGGACCAUGUGGGCCGACUGCUUGUGGUCCUGUUUGCGAUCCCUGUUGUGGCCCCGUUUGUGACCCCAGCUGCCCUCCUGUGUGUGAUCCAUGUGCUUGCGUACCUCAAGGUGACUGUGGACCAUGCGGAGCUCCGACGCCGAACUGUAUGCCAUGUUACGAUCCCUGCACUCCGAGCAUUCCACCGCCCUGUGGUGACAUGUGCGCUCCCUACCCAACCUGUGGACCAUGCUAACCGUUAAAAUGAAUCCUGCCAUCGCACCAUGCUUUCAUCGUUCAUAAGCUCAAAUAAGUUGAUCAGUAGCUGCUCGUCGUAGAAGCCCUCCAGUAACAUUCUGCUUCAAAACAUAAAACAUCAUUAGUGCCAAUCAUCUGAUAUGUAAUUGCCCACAUCGCAAUGCGCUGCGCCACCUUUCUAGAAGCGCUAACAAAGUGUAUAAUCCUCGAGCACUAGAAAACUUGCACCAUUAGCAAUAAAGUUGUUUCUACCGUA